GCCACGGUCCCCUCUAGUCCUCCAUACUUAUUUGUGUUCAUCACAUAUUGGGACAUGGAAAGGAAAUAUAAGCUAAAAUCCCUAAACACCGCCUUCAGUUGCAUGAUAGUGUUCCUCCUUCACAAAUCCUGCCUUGCUGAAAAAAUUUGUUCAGUUCCCUCAGACCCUGUGACUAUUAAAGAGAACAACACAAUCGAUGCCGUUGUUGUCCAUAUUAACACAACAACAAAGAACGUCACACUGACUCUCACCGAGAACCCAGACAAUGCUUUUGACCUGAGGGGAUUGGAUCUGAUUGUGAAGAAACGCCUGGACUUUGAAACUCUGUUAAAUCCUGAGGCGCUCACAGUUCAAAUCCGCUGCAAUAAAACAGGAUCCAAAAGUAUUACUUUGUCCGUGCUUGUUCAAGUCGAAAACAUCAACGACAACCCUCCUUCAUUUGCCCAGAAUAAAUACAUUCUAGAUGUUAAUGAGCUCACACCUGUUAACGCCAGCGUGGCCCAGAUUGAAGCGAAAGAUGAUGAUUCAGGCGUUUUAUAUUACGCCUUGGAACCUGCUCUGAACCCAUAUUUCCGACUGGAGAACAUGUACAAGCCAAAUAUUCUCGUCAACAAGACUUUGGAUUUUGACGUCAUCCAGCAGGUGACAUUGACCUUAUAUGUGCAGGAUACGCCACCGUUUUCACCACCAGGCCAAAUCUCCUUCAAAGCCACCACGACGAUUAUAAUCAACAUAAAAGACAUUGACAACCGUCCGCCCUGGUUCCAGCCAUGCACGAGAAUAAGUAUUGGUUCUGCCAAAAUCUGCCUGAGUGUUGGGUAUAAGGGCCGAGUCAACUUAACAGAAAGACAGGAGGGACCACUACAGUUGAAUCCAGGUCCGAUCUACGCAAGAGACGGAGACAAAAGCAGAAAUGAAGAGAUUAGCUAUAAAAUUGUUAGAGGAAAUGAAGACAACAUAUUUCAAAUAGAUGAAAACACUGGAAACAUAACCAUGCUAAAACCAGCGGAUAUCGCAGGCCCAAUAUCUCUCACAGUUUUGGCUUCCCAGGUGUCAAACCGUGACCAGUUCGCUUCCACUUCAGUCAACAUUGAGGUAAUGAAAAAGAGCAGGAACCCACCAAAAUUCGAGAGGGAGCGCUACGAGGCGUAUGUUUACAGCAACUCAGGCCCUGAGAACAUGGUGCUCAGGGACAGGACUUCAAAUAGACCUUUCAGAGUCAGAGCCAGGGAUGAUGACUUUGCAAGUGGAAUAAAUCCUGAUGUACGAUAUGAAGUACAGUACAGCAGUUAUGUCAACAUAACCACAGACGGAUUUGUGCUUCUGAAAAAACCUGUUCGGACCGACUCUUUUGCUUUACAGGUUCGAGCUGUCGAUGUAUCAACUGGUGAGUCGGGGACGGCGGCUCUGUCCGUGGUUGUCCUACCACCCGUGGGAGUCCAGUCGCCCUCAGAGGGAUACCGUGCUGGAGAUAUGGCCUUGCUGGGCUUCGUAAUGGCCGCCUUGUUGGUUCUCUGCCUCAUCGUGAUUGGCUAUCUCAUCUCCCGUCUGAAGAAAAGGAAUCCAGACACGCUCAAGUUAUCAGAGCAUACUCAGUCCACUGACGGGUUACGGCCAAGAGACAGCAUGCAGUUCACCAAUGACGGUUUCCUGAACGAAGCAGGCAUGAGCAGGUUGGCGAUGAGGAGAGCAGAUAAGAGAGGCAAGGAUCAGGACGCGGCUCCGAAAUGGAGAAUGAGAGUGACACCACGUGAGAGGCAAAAAUACUGCAAUUCCUGUGGUAUGCGAGUCCACUCGAACCAUGUGCACCGCAGCAGUCCAGCUCUCCACCCCAAAGCCCAAGGCGCUAAAGACCAAGUCAGAUCCAUCCUAACUAAAGAGAGAAGGAAGGACGGGCAGAAGAUGGUGUGGUUUAAGGAGAGCGAGGAUUCCUCAGACAUCGAAGUGGAGAUCAUUCCUGACGACAUAGGACUUAAACACGAAGAAGUGAAUGAAGAAUUGUCUUCUCUGGCACUUAAAACCAGUGAUAUGGAACUGAGUGAGCUGACUAUGAUGAACAUCCAGGACUUUGACAAGCAGAAGGAAAACGUUUCUGACCACCGAGAGCUACCAGACCCAGAUAAAACAGGCCAGUGA